GCAGAUGCCGCGGACGUACCACUAGGCCGAGGGAUGUGUGCUAAACGUUCUUCGGUUCUUCUACGAGACUUUGUUACUCAUCAUGUCCGGAAAUAUAGCUCAUCUCCACCGCCACCUUCUCCUCCGGGUUUCUCAGGAGAGGAAGCUCGUUCGUUUCGCGAGACUAUGUCGGACUCUGGGUGGCGAUCGGCUAUGGGGGUCGAAGUACAGGCCCUUGAAAAGAAUCAAACAUGGGAGGUCGUUGAACUUCUCCCUGGCAAGCGGGCACUCGGGUGCAAAUGCGUCUACAAAAUCAUGUAUAAUUCUAACGGCACCGUGGAGCGGCUAAAAGCACGGUUAGUCGUGCUUGGCAAUCAUCAACGCGCAUGUAUUGAUUACACUAAAACUUUUGCUCCUGUUGCGAAAAUGGUUACAGUGCGUGUGUUUUUAGCGGCUGCUGCGGCAAAAAACUGGGAGCUACACCAAAUGGAUGUACACAAUGCCUUCCUCCAUGGUGAUUUGGGGGAGGAAGUGUACAUGAAACCACCACCUGGAUUUUAUCCCUCUCGUCCAUCUACUGUGUGUCGUUUGAAAAAAAUCCUUAUACGGGUUACGACAGGCUCCUCGGUGUUGGUUUGCGAAAC